AUGUGUAAAUUUUUCGAGGAUGGAUUAAAUGAUGAUAUAAAGCUGAAGCCUAGUCUUAUCCCAGCAAAAACAGCCCUCCCUUGGUUUAGAACUGGUGUGAUCCCACCAGCAAGGACAUACAACUAUUGGGCAGACCCUUACACUUUGUUUGUAUUCGAGAUGGCACUCAUGGGAUUUGCAGAGCACAGAAGGUUCCAAGACUGGGCCAAACCAGGUUCAAUGGGGAAACAAUAUUUCUUGGGGUUCGAGAAGUACCUUGGAGGGUCUGGUGAGCCGGCAUACCCUGGAGGACCACUGUUUAACCCACUUGGUUUUGGGAAAGAUGAGAAGUCAUUGAAGGAUUUGAAGCUGAAAGAAGUGAAGAAUGGGAGAUUGGCAAUGUUGGCAAUCUUGGGUUACUUCAUGCAGGGGCUCGUGACAGGUGUAGGACCAUACCAGAACCUGUUGGAUCACUUGGCUGACCCUUUCAAUAACAAUGUCUUGACUAACCUCAAGUUCCAUUAGAUGAAAGUGCCUAUAUUUGUUCCAUGG